CUAUCCUCUUCUUCCCGGGCCCUUAAAAAUUAUAAGAAGCUUAUACAGCCCUCGCCCCCCUGCACAAUGUCGACCGCCGCAGCUCAAGGCUGGUGCCUCACCUCUCUCGCCCGCGCCAACUCCCGGAGACCGACCACCGUCCGACCCGCCGCCGUCUCCGGCCUCACCCCCUCCUCCCCAUCUCCCUCACCUUCGACUCCGCGCCUCAUCAGGAACUCUCCUGUCUUUGCCGCUCCGUCCACAAUCGCCACUGCCGUGGAAAUGGAGCCUGUGGAGAGGAUGAAGACCGGGUUCGAGCAGUUCAAGAAAGAGGUCUACGAUAAGAAACCAGACCUGUUUGGUCAACUUGCAGAAGGUCAAAGUCCAAAGUUCAUGGUGUUCGCUUGUGCGGACUCCCGCGUGUGCCCCUCCGUGGUGCUGAACUUCCAGCCUGGCGAGGCCUUUACCAUCCGCAACAUCGCGAACAUGGUCCCACCCUACGACCAGACAAAGUAUGCAGGCGUCGGAUCGGCCAUCGAGUAUGCAGUCAUCCAUCUCAAGGUGGAGAACAUUGUUGUGAUCGGCCACAGCCGUUGCGGUGGGAUCAAGGGGCUGAUGUCCGUCAAAGACGAUGGAACUACCAGCACCGCCUUCAUAGAGGAUUGGGUGAAGAUCUGUCUUCCAGCGAGGGAGAAGGUGAAGGCCCAGCACGCGGGUUUGCCUUUUGAGGACCAGUGCACCCAAUGCGAAAAGGAGGCCGUGAAUGUCUCUCUUCAAAAUCUGCUGACUUAUCCCUUUGUUAAAGAAGGGUUAGAGAAGAAGACCCUGAAGUUGAUUGGAGGGCACUAUGACUUUGUCAAAGGUAGCUUUGAAACAUGGGAGGCUUAAGCUCGCAUUUGGCGGACCCCUUUAAAUGCUUUGAGGUUUUAUUAGUAAAAUAUAAUUCUAACUUGGGGUCUAUUGGUUCUAUGAUGUAUGCUUUGUCCAUGAUAUAAUAAAAAGUGUUAGUAACUACAAUGUUAUGAGGACUACCCUUUGUAAAUCGCUUAAGAACUAUUUGUGCAGAAGCAUUCAUAGAUCGUGUAACGAUGUAUGGUUGCAUAAGUUUAAUACGAGAAUUUAAGUUUACUGUGUUUGUAUUUUA